CGAAUACGGUGGUGAAACAGUUGCGGGGUGAGGACGUGGAUUGGUUUGUAAGGAUGCUGAACCUGAACUCCUCCAUUAGCUCCGGCAGCUGCAGGGAUCGGGCGGAGUGGGAGCCGAGCUGAGGUAAGCGCACCCGGCACUCCAAAGCCACUAUUUACUCCCGGCCUCUGCUUCCGCCACACCGCCACGCCGCGCCGCGCCACGCACUCCAAAGACCCGCGCGGAUAAAAGCCCCGGCACCCCCCGUCCCGGGUCUAGCGGUGAAACCCAUCGUCCCGCUCCCGCACCCUCGCUCGCCGUCAUGUCCUCCUCCGCCUCGUCCCUCCAGGCGCCUCCAGCCGGCGCGAUCGGCGGCACCUCCGCCUACUCCGCGUCCGCGUCGUUCCUGCCCUCGUUCAUGAUCAUCGCCGCGCUGCUCGCCUUCGUCUUCCUCGCCUCCGUCUCCAUCCACCUCCUGCUCCGCUUCCUCUCAGCAGUACGCACCUCCUCCUCCUCCUCGCCGUCGGGGCCGCCGCUCCCCCGGACACACAGCGACGGCGAGGCGGGCUCGGAGUCCGCGGGGAGCGCGGUGGAUUAUUCUUAUUCCGCGGAGAGACCCGCGGCGGCCGCGGCCGAGGGCGGGAAGAAGGAGGAGGCGCCGGGCGACGAGAAGCAGCGGCUGAUCGACUCGCUGCCGCUGUUCACCAUGGCCUCGGCGCUGGCGGCGCUGCCCAAGAGCUCCCCCGACUGCGCCGUCUGCCUGUCGCCGUUCACCCCCGACGCCGAGCUGCGGCUGCUCCCCGCGUGCCGCCACGCGUUCCACGCCGCCUGCGUCGACGCCUGGCUCCGCACCACGCCGUCCUGCCCGCUCUGCCGCGCCGCCGUCGCGCCCCCGCACCCCUCGCUCGCCGCCGCCAUGCGCGCCGCCGCGCGGCAGCCGCAGAUGAGCAGGGGCCGGUCGGGGCCGAGCUUCCUCGUGGAGAUCGGCACCGUUAGCAGCCGCGGCGGCGGCGGCGAGAGGAACAGCCGCACCUACUCGCUCGGCUCCUUCGACUACCAGAUCGACGAGGAGGUGGAGGCCGUGGUGUCCCGCGUCGCGCGCAUCAUCGCCGCAAGAGAAUCGAGCGCCGUCAAGGAGGAUAAGCCCCCAGCCGAGGAGGGGCCGGCGCCUGCGACGGCCGCGGCGCCGGUGCCCUCGCCUCCCGGCGAAGCGGUGGCCGAGGCGGCGGGGUCCUCCCGCGGGUGGCUGCGGGAGUACUUGGACCGGCUGGCAUCGUCGACCUGCACGUUCUCGGAGCGGUGGAGCUCGCGGUGGAGCCAGGGGGGCCAGCAGCGGCAGGAGGAGCCGUGGCUGUGGGACGCGGAGGCCGCGGGGAUGUCGGCGCCGCCGGGGUCGGACGACGACGAGGAGGAGACGGCGUUCAUGGUCAUGUACCGCUGGAUCGCCGGGGUGUAAGCGUGAUCGGAAAAACUUACCAGGGGCUUCCGUGUCAAGUUAGCGUUCAGGUUCAGGUGCAGGCUGAGGUGAGGCGAUCCAAAUGUUUUGGAAGCUCCCGUUGACUGUAGACUGGUGCAUGGUGUAAGCGUCAGCGGCAGCAGUGUGUGUAUCAGCAUUUGCACAUAGUUCAUGGGUCCUCGGAGUUCGCAUUUUGGAAAGCGAGGAGAUGAUAGCGUGCAUGCACAACUGUUCCUACUAGUGAAUCUGUGAUUUUGCCUGUUGCA